UUAAUAAAAAACAAGACAAAUUUGAUUGGUGUCAAAUCCAGUCUGUGUGAAUAUUGGUACUUUUUUUUAAAAUCACACACUGGAUCCUAAAACUGUUUUCCUGUACACACACAAACACAAAUACAGAGCUUUCUCACACCUCUAUUGUCAUAAAUAAUCAUUUUUAGUGAUAUAAAACUGAAUUUUCAUGCGAACGCAUUCAUUCAAAUGUAAGCCGCUGCACCACUCCUCCUCUACCGUGCUUUUGAAAUCUUUUUGCCUUUUUGAAAGCCUUCUGGUUUCUCUGGAACAGAAACGGCCUAAAAGUGAGAAGCUUCAUGAAAAAAAAUUUUUUUUUUUCGGUCUGCUGUUCUCGUUCUGAGCUGAGAUCAGCUCGGUCCAGCAGCAGAUAUCAAUGAGUUUAUCAACACAAACAUGGCCACCAUGUGACAGAACAUGAUCUGCCUCUCUCUCUCUCUCUGCCAGUAGAGAGCGGAGGUCUCUCUCCAGACGUAACUCCGACUCUAUAUUUAACCCCAGCCCCUCCCACCGUCUUUCACACAUACGCGACAUAUUGAGGCGGCUGAGAGACGACCAGCAGGAUGGAGAAUGAGGCUACGCCCCGCCGCUCCGUGGCCGAACUGGCAGGAAGGUUCAAAGGUCAGGCUCCCGACCCGAGCAGCACCGUGGGGAAUCAGGAUAAACCUCUGAGGCGGCGGCCGCCUCGGACCCUUCAGCUGCCGAACCCGAACCCAGAGCAGAACCAGCCCCCAUCAGGCGUCUCAUCUCCACCCAAAGCCAAGAGGAACUCAGCUCUGAUCGAGAAGCUCCAGGCCAACCUGACGAUGGGCUCGCCCACCGCCACACCGUUGAAGAGCCCUGGACUGAGGACGCUUCCUGCUGGCUUCACCCCGCCCUUCCCGGGCUCAGUCCCCCCGGUUUCCAUGGUAUCCCCCACCAGCCCCGCCCCCACAGAGAGCCCCACAUCCUUUGAGGCUCCGCCCUCGGCCGCAGAGGGAAACAUCCUGCCUAGCAUCAACAAGGCCAGACCACGGGGCUCCAUCAGGCGGCGUCCUCCGUCCCGCCAUCACAGGAAGUCCAGCAGUGGGGACGACGCAGGACUGGGACAGGAAGGGGCGGAGACACACCCGGAGUCCUGGACUGGGGGUAGUACGGGGGACGCCACGGAGGAGGGGCAGGAAGCACUUGGAGGGGAGAAAGAGGAGAGGGAGGUGUUCAAAAAGGAAACCGCAUCACCGCCAGAGAUUAAGGAAACCCAUGAAGAAGAAGAGACGAAGAGAAACAGUGUGAGGGAGACAGAGGAAGACGACGGGACGUCUUCAUCACAGCUGAGGGGAAAGGAGGAGGAGAAAAAGGAGGAAGAGGAGGAGAAAAAAGAGGAAGAGGAGAAGAAAAAGGAGGAAGAGGAGGAGAAAAAGGAGGAAGAGGAGAAGAAAAAGGAGGAAGAGGAGGAGAAAAAGGAGGAAGAGGAGGAGAAAAAGGAUGAGGGAAAGGAGGAAAAAGAGGAAGAACAAAAAGAAUCGAAUGAUGGAAGAAGGAAGGAGGAAGAAAAGAUGGAGAAUUCUUCCCGAUGAGGAAUCGGACGUUUGGCUGCGUCGGAGCGAGGUACCUGUAACGUUGAGCCCCUGGAAUGCAGAGCGGGAAACCCUGCGGCAGAAACACUUUGGGGGAAAAUGGCCGCCGAUGCUGGGUAGAGAAAUGUUGGAAAACUCUGAGCCACCGUUUGAAACUCAGAUAGGGAACUCUUUCUGAAGCUUUAGUGAAGCUCCAAAAGCAGUUUUUACGAAUACAAGCUUCUCCACACUGCGGCGCCGCAUUUCAUAAUUUUUCAAGAACAAUGUGUGAAUUUUGUGGGGUUUUUAGUAAUGGUCUCUUGCUGUUUUGGUGUCUUUAAAAUUUUGAUGUUCAUUUCUAGGGUGUACAGAAUCAAAAUCAAAGUUUUAUCAAUGUUCAGAGCUGUGAGAAAAAAACACAUAAUGCCUUAUUCUGGGGUAAUUAAUAAAAAAUAACUUUUUACAAAUAUAAACUGAAUUUUUUUGUUUCGUUUUAACUGUUAAAAAUUAUUAUAAAAAGUCACUCUGUGGUUGGAUGGGUUACCCUACUAAUAAUACCCAAUAAGCUAAAACAAACUAACCCACUCUGAGCUAAGAAAUUCUAAACCAACUUGACAUUAUUUUUGAUUUUGUGUGGCCCCUUGCUAAAUAUCUUUUAGGGUGAUACAUUUUACAAACAAAAUCUUAAAAGUAGUUUAAAAACAUUUCUGUAAAAACACAUUUAUAAAUUAUUGUCCUGAUUUUUUCACCCCUUAUACCACCAUCAGUCACUCUCACAUAAGCUAAAAUCAGUAAACUGUAUCCCUGA